AGGGCGGGUCCACUGUUAAAUGUGUUCCACAGUUAGCCGCUGAAGCUAAACCUCUGUCUUCAAAUUCAAGUAUUAGCUGAAAUAGCUAUUAACCGGUCGAGAUUAUUACACAGCUCUGUAGUUGAACUUCCAAAAACAAAACAAAACAAAAAAAAUGAUUGACGACUUCGAGAACCAGGAGGUUCGGUCCAGCGGGGAGCUCUGGUCCGAAAUCUGCUCCAGUCUGCCAGAGGUCCGAUCCGAGACAGCUCCGGAGCAGAACCCCGAUGACUUCACGGACUCUUUCCGUCCAGGAACGCAACGACAAGGCCUGCAGGGCAAGAAUGGACCAGUAAACGGGACCAGUUCACCCAGAACAACAUGGGAACCCAUGGAGGACUCUGAGGUCUACAUCGCCAGUUUAGAGAAUCGCCUGAAGAAAAUAAAGGGCCAGUCCAGCACCGUGACCUCCAGAGACAUGCUGCUCUCUUUGUCCCAAGCUAAGAAAGAGUGCUGGGAUCGAUUCCUGCAUGACGCCCAGACCUCCGAGCUCUUCCAAGGUGGUGACAUGGACGAGAGUGCUCUGGAACACCUGAAGAGGUGGCUCAUCCCAGAAAAGGUGGCCAUCAGUGCAGAGGAGCUGGAGUAUCUGCUGAGGCCAUCACAGAGCGAAGAACCAGCAGGGUCCGAUCAGACCCAAAACGGAGCMGAAGAUACGCACAACGCCGAGGGUGACGACCCUCACGACCCGGAGAAAUGACUACGUUCAGAUCUGAGCGCGGCCUGAAGUCAUUUGUAAAAUAUUCUGUAAAGACGAGGAGCUUUUGUCACAGAAGCAGCUUUUAUAAAUAUCUUGAUGUCUUCAGUCUCUGUAUUCUCAGCUGAGUUUCUGCUCUUAUCAUCAAACAGAUGCAUUAGAAACUAGAUUUGUUUUUAGAUAUAGAACAGCAGAAAUAAGUUAAACCUCUAAGAGGCUUUAUCUAAUUAUGCAGAAAUGAACGAGGGAACAUGUUUACUGUCAUGUUGCAACACUUUGCACACAAGAUUUUUUACAAGUUUGUCUUCUAUAUGAUGUAAUGAGAUGUUUACGUGUUGAAGAAAAUGCUGUAAUAUACUAAUAUUUCUUUUGUUAUCCAUAUAAAAACAGAAUUGUUUCUGAUUUUAGCUUCUAAAACAGCUGAAACAUAUUAAAGUGUCGUUAAAACCUG